GAUUUGUCCUUGCAUGCUGCGAUUUUGAGCUAUAGUGGAGCGUACUCCGGUCAGCGCUGCGUGGGUGAGGACCGCGUUGGCAGCGGGACUGGCUCAGCGGGGAAGUGGCCUACAGUCGGUGAGGGUGUCUCUAUACAGUUCAGGCUGCACUUAAACUGGCCAGGAUUCUCCUGUCUCUGCCUUCCAACAGCUGGGAUUACAGUGUCACCUCUGUAGCCAGCACACGUCCGCUGAGGUGAUGAGGAGGUUCCUGUUACUGUAUGCCACACAGCGAGGACAGGCAAAGGCCAUCGCAGAAGAAAUAUGUGAACAGGCCGGGGCGCAUGGCUUUUCUGCAGAUCUUCACUGCAUCAGUGAGUCCGAUAAGUAUGAUCUGAAAAUGGAAACAGCUCCUCUGGUGAUGGUGGUUUCUACCACAGGCACCGGGGAUCCACCGGACAGCGCCCGCAAGUUCGUUAAAGAGAUCCAUGACAAGACGCUGCCCGCCAACUGCCUUGCUCACCUGCAGUACGGGUUGUUAGGUCUGGGUGACUCGGAAUAUACCUACUUCUGCAAUGGGGGAAAAGUGAUCGAUAAACGGCUUCAGCAGCUCGGCGCCCGACGCUUCUAUGCCACUGGCCACGCCGAUGACUGUGUAGGUUUGGAACUCGUGGUUGAGCCGUGGAUCGCUGGACUUUGGGCCGCUCUCGCAGAGCACUUUAGGUCAAGGGAAGGACGAGAGGAGAUGAAUGGGGCACUCCCCGGGGCGGCACAUGUGCAGCCCGGGUCGCUCCAGAUCGAGUCUCAGGUGGGACUUCUGAGAUUGGAUGAUGCAAGGAGAAAGGACCCUGAAGGUCUGGAGCCGAAUGAGACGAAUGGAGGUCAAUCAGGGGCUGGGACUGAAGACCCCGAGCCCUCGCUGAUCUGCUCGGUCCCUCCACUCUCGCAAGCCUCUCUGAGUGUCCCUGCCUCCCCGGCAGCGUAUUUACAGGUGCAUCUGGAGGAGCCUCCGGGCCAGGAGCAAGGUCAAGCACCUGCGACUUCAGCCGGGGAGCCAGUCUUUCGAGUUCCAGUUUCAAAGGCCGUUCAGCUUACUGCGAGCGAUGCCAUCAAAACCACUCUGCUGCUGGAACUGGACAUUUCUAAAACAGAUUUCUCCUAUCAGCCGGGCGAUGCCUUCCAUGUGAUCUGUCCGAACAACGACUCAGAGGUGCAGGCCCUACUCCAGAGACUGCAGCUCGCUGAGCAGCGAGACCACCACGUCCUCUUGCAGGUCAAGGCGGACACCAAGAAGAAAGGAGCUGCCCUGCCCCGGCACAUACCUCAAAGGUGUCCUCUCCAGUUCCUGUUUACCUGGUGCCUUGACAUCCGAGCAGUCCCGAAAAAGGCAUUUGUGCGAGUGCUCGUGGACUACACCAGUGAGGGUCCCGAAAGGCGGCGGCUGCUGGAGCUGUGCAGUAAACAGGGAGCAGCGGAUUACAGCCGCUUUGUCCGAGAUGCCCGCGUCUGCCUGCUGGAUCUGCUGUGCGCCUUCCCGUCCUGCCAGCCACCACUUGACGUCCUGCUCGAACAUCUUCCUAAACUCCAACCCCGGCCGUAUUCUUGUGCAAGCUCGAGUUUGUCCCACCCAGACAAGCUUCGUUUCAUCUUCAACAUCGUGGAGUUCUUGUCACACACCCCGGCAGCGGUGACGCUGCGCAAGGGCUUGUGCACGGGGUGGCUGGCCGGCUUGGUCGCCUCAUCUCUUCAGCCAGACUCACAGGCAUCGCCUGCAGACGGUGGCACAGCCCCGGCUCCUGAGAUAUCCAUCUCUCCUCGAGCAGCCAGUUCUUUCCACCUGCCUGAGGACCCCUCGGCCCCCGUCAUUAUGGUGGGCCCCGGAACCGGCAUCGCGCCCUUUAUCGGUUUCCUACACCAUAGAGAGAAGCUCCAAGAGCAGCAGCCAGAUGGAAGUUUUGGGGCGAUGUGGUUGUUCUUUGGCUGUAGACAUAAGGAGAGGGACUACUUAUUCAGAGAGGAGCUCGGGCAUUUCCUGGAGCGUGGAGUCCUGACUCACCUCAAGGUCUGCUUUUCAAGAGACGCCCCUCUGAGUGGGGAGAAGGCCCCGGUGAAGUAUGUACAGGACGCGCUCCGGCUGCACGGCCAGCAGGUGGCGAGGGUCCUCCUCCGGGAGAAGGGCUGCAUUUACGUGUGUGGAGAUGCGAAGAACAUGGCCAGUGAUGUCAAUGACAGCCUCGUGGAAAUAAUAAGCAAAGAGCUUGGAGUCGACAAGCUAGAAGCAAUGCGAACGUUGGCUACUUUAAAAGAAGAAAAGCGGUAUCUUCAGGAUAUUUGGUCAUAAAAGCAGAAAACAAAGGAAAACGUAUAAGCCUUUUUGCUGAAAAUAUUAAACAACAAUGUCAUGAAGUCAAGAUUCAAAUCUUUUGAAAUCUUUUUUUAACAUUUUUUUGCGGGGCCCGGAGAGGAGUGAGACAGCACAGCAGACUUCCUGAUGCGCCUUAGCCUCCUCGCCCACUCCCUUCCCGAGCCUGUGACCCUUCUCAAAGUGCCUGUGUGUGGCUCCCGAGCCCGGGGCCAGCCUCCAGCUCCCCAGCAGGUCCUCGGGUCUGCGGCACUGGGGAGACCUCGCCGGCUCUGUGGGCCUAGGAGGCUCGUGGGGUGUCAGAGGGGCUGGAAUGGGCUGGGGUGCAAUUCUUGUGAACUUCCCAUGCUAACUUUUUUUUAAAAUAAUGUGAAGGUCAUAAGUCUUUUGUAUGAUACAUAUUCAUAAAGAAUAUCUACAUUGGUUUAUUUAAAUUAUACAUGUAGAACCUACCUGUUGUAUAUUUAUAUAAUUAUCAAAUGGUUAUUACCGAAAGUAUUUCUGAUAAAAAUAUUUUAAUUUUAAAUGAGUCCGCAAGAGUUUUUAUGAGAUUAAAACUGAAAUAUAUUUUGAA